AGAUCUAUCAGCUCCUAUUUCGAAAUGGCAUCUGCUUUUGCCACAAAGUUUUCCAGAAGAAGGUUGAUUAGGAAAACCACUUCUAAACUGAUGCGAGUCAAACAAAGGGAAGGAGAAUCUCUGAAGAAUUACAUGAGCUGGUUCAAUGAUGCAGUCCUCAAAGUCAGUUCAUUCAACCAAGCUGUGGGAAUUGUGGCUAUCAUUCAAGUUGUCACACCUCAUAAUGAUCCUUUGGUCACUUCCGUUAUGAUUAACAACUGUGAGAGAUAUGAUGGCCCCAUAUACGGAUUCAAUAACCAACCUGUUCAGAUAGAAGGAGUCCUUACCCUUAAUGUUGCUUUUAGGAGCGGCCGAACUUAUGUUACCCUUUUAGUUCGGUUUCUAGUUGUCAAAAUGGCAUCUUCUUUCAAUGCUAUUAUCGGACAACCCACAUUAAUUGAAAUUCGAGCUGUGGUCUCUCAAUCUCACCUCUACAUGAAGUUCCCAACUCCCAUGGGGAUAGCAACACUACGAGGUAACCAGGAGGUGGGUAGACAUUGCUAUAUUACCUCGGUUACAAGGCCUCAAAAAGGCAAAGAGCAGACACUUGAAACCGUUCCCCAACAAAUUCAUGAUACUCAGCAAGUGAUGGGAGUUGAGAUAGUAGAUAACCGACCUGAAGAUAAAACUAGAGCUGCCCUAGUUGAAGAUGUAGAGGAAGUGCAAAUUGAUGACAGAGAUCAAAGUAGGAAGACACAAAUUGGAACUUGGUUGAACCCAAAGGAAAUAGCAGAGCUAAUAGCUCUCCUCCAAGCUAACAAAGAUAACGUGGUGACCAUCGUCUUCCGAGCUCAGAUUAGCAAGAAUCUGGAGGUUUAUAUCGAUGACAUUGUGGUAAAGAGCUUGAAAGCAGAAGAUCAUCUAGCUGACCUCGAUGAAACAUUCCACAACCUCAGAAAGAACAGAAUGCGGUUAAACUCAGGCAAAUGCAUCUUCGGUGUGGAGUUUAGGAAAUUUCUAGGCUUCAUGGUUUCUUGGAGAGGGAUUGAGGUUAACCCAGAAAAGAUCAAAGAAAUAGCCAAGAUGGAACUACCAAAGUCAGUGAAUGACAUACAGAGAUUAACCGGGAGGGUGGCAGAUCUUCAUCGGUUCAUAUCAAAGUCGGUAGAUAAGUGCUUGCCAUUCUUCAAGAUCAUGAGAUCAGCAGCAUAGAAGGAUGAAUCUGGCAAACAGAAGAAGUUUGAAUGGAACCCAGAAUGCCAAGCUACAUUCGAUGAGCUGAAGUCUUAUCUUAGCUCGCCCCCUUUAUUGAUAAAGGCUAUUGAUGGAGAAAUUCUUUAUCUGUAUCUCGGUAUUUCGAAUGAAGCACUUAGUUCUGU